ACGUGGCAAACGACCCCGGUGGAAGUGAUGAAGAUUCAGAAGAUGAGUAUGGGUAUAAGAAAUCACAGGCAGAAACAGCAGCUGCGACACAAUGCCUAUCCACAACACUAGAGGUACAACAGUUACAACUCCCAAUGAUCAGGGUCAUCAGGUAAACUAAUGUAUUGGAGAACUCAACGCAGAGCUGAAGAAGAAACUCAGCGAUGAGUUUAAUGUCAGAUUUGACUCUAAGAACAUAGAUAUCCCUAGAACUAUCAAUGCUCUUAAUGCAGGUUCAGAUACCUACUUGGACUUAAGUGAGCUAGAUGUGCUACUGAAUACCUUCAGCCGUCUCAACACCAACAGAUCUAUCCUCGAACUAGAAAUCGAAAGAGCUGAAGUUGAUUACCGUCUUGGUCUACCAAUAAAUCCAAAGAGGCUUCCAAACUUGACCGCUUUAAUUGUAGUUAAGAACACCAUCUCGACAUCAUUAUCAACCACUUCAGUGGAAAGAGCAUUUUCCAGCAUGAAUCGUAUCUGCACGAAGCUGCGACCCACCCUUCUUCCAGAAAGAUUAAGUGAUCUUUUAUGCAUUUCGUUAAACAGAGAUGUUGUUGAUUUGCUGGAUUUGGACGAAGUCGUAACAGCAUGGGGAAACAUGCGCAGUAGGUGGUCUAAAGUCUAAGUCAUUAACUGACUAACUAGUCUAACUGUAUAAAAUGUAUAAUGUACUUAUUACUAAAUUGAGAACUUGAAAAAAACUAUUAAUUAUUUCAUUUAUUUAUUAAAAACUGUUAGUUUGUUACUAUACGAUUUUCACGAAUUUGAAAUAUUCUAAGGAAGCUAUACUGAGAAGCUAUACAACUAUAUUUUAUAACUUUAUACUACUAUUCAUUAAUAAUUAUUAAAUAAUGAUACUUUGCACAUAUACUGAGCGCACUAAAUAAUUUAGCAAGUUACUAAAGUACUAGCAGGGCAUUUGAGCAUUUUAUGUCCAUCCCAGCUCAGGGACUUAAAUACUUGAUCAGUUGAUCACAUGGGCAGGGGUCACAAAACAGGGUUCAAACACUCAUUAAUAAUUCAUAAGCUUAUUGGCAAAUCAUGUCAACCAUAAUAUGUCACGUGCAGUGGCUUUAAACCUGAUAAAACACUCCUAAUUAGUAUUCUUUAUAUAAAGAAUACUAAUAAGGCAGUAUCUAUUCUGGUCGUGUCCUCAUUAGUAUUUUUAUAUAAAGAAUACUAAUAAGGCAGUAUAUCUAUUGAAUUUGUAGUCGUGUUUGAAGCCGCUUAAUAAACUCGCAGGUUGUGUUUUAUUAGGUCUAAAGCCACUCGCGCUGCGCGCUCGUAGCUUUAAACCUAAUAAAACACUCCUGCUCGUUUAUUAAACAGUACGUUAUGGCGCUAUGCCUAAAAAAUAUACAACAGCCCGGUCAGCCCCUUUGGUAGCGCACCAAUGCAACCCCCCCCCCAGGGAAAUCUGCACCCCUCCUGUCAGAUGAGCAUUGAUCCGCCCCUGAGGUAUAUAUCAAUCAUGUUUCGCACGCUACUCUAGUUUAAAUAAAUUAUUACAAAGCCCAGUCGAAUUGUAAUCAAUACCCAACGUAUUGACACUCCAGUCUAGUGUCUUCAUCAGGGGUGAUCUAAAGUUGCAAUCGUGGCCUCUUAAAUACCCAAGGGAUGACGUCACCUGCCAAUGAGAUGCAUGUAUUCCUCUGGCAAAUAGGCACGGUCAUUCUUAUUCAAAGCAUGAUAGUCUUUGACCAUAGCGAUUGUUUGUGGUAAUUACUUUAGAGUUUUCACACGCAAUCUUGCGUGUUUGGUGUAACAUACAUGUUCGGCUAAAGCUGAUUUUCCCUUGUCUAAAGUUUAAACAGCCUUUUGAUGUUCUUUUAGCCGUGUACCAAACUGGCGUUUAGACUGACCCAAAUACUCUUUCUCGCAGUCACCGCAUGGUAUAGAAUAUAUAGCAUGAGUCUUCUGUUAAUGGGUUAACAUGAAAUAAUACCAUAUUUUCGCAAAGCCAAAAGAUCCUGUUGAAACAAAUCAGAAGACUCAUACUAUAUAUUCUAUACCAUGCGGUGACUGCGACAAAGAGUAUUUGGGUCAGUCUAAAUGUCAGUUUGUUACACGGCUAAAAGAACAUCAAAAGGCUGUUUCAACUUUAGACAAGGGAAAAUCAGCUUUAGCCGAACAUGUAUGUUACACCAAACACGCGAGAUUGCGUGGGAAAACUCUAAAGUAAUUACCAAAAACAAUUGCUAUGGUCAAAGACUAUCAUGCUUUGAAUAGGGAUGACGGUGCCUAUUUGCCAGAGGAAUACAUGCAUCUCAUUGGCAGGCGACGUCAUCCCUUGGGUAUUUAAGAGGCCACGAUUGCAACUUUAGAUCACCCCUGAUGAAGACACUAGACUGGAGUGUCGAAACGUUGGGUAUAAAUUGAUAUAUCGAUAUCGAGAAAAAAAUAUCGAUAAUAUCGACUAUAUCUAAUUAAUCAAAUGAGAAAACGUAAUUUAGUCAACUUGCAUGUAUACGCAUCACAAACAGUUAAAAAGAAGUGCAUGAAACCAGUCAUGGUACGUCUCAAAGAUUUAUUAACGGUUUAUCCGUUUCUGAAAAUUUAAAGAUAUAUUUACAAGCCUAAUGGUUUCUCACGUACGAUUCAAUACUGCUGCUUGGUGAUCUGUGGUAACAGUAUUUCUCAGUUUUCGCUUUUAAUUUCAAUUGCCCAUGCACUUGUAUCAUAAAUUCGCAAUUGCCACCAUAUGCACAUUGUACUUCACCGGUGAAAAUAAUAAUUGCCGAAUAAUCGGAGAUUAAGUUGUUUAGUUACAAUUUUCGAUAUGCAAAAAAUCGAAUAUCAAUAUUUUUGAAAUAUCGAUAUUUAUCGAAAAUAUUGAUAUAUCGCAACUGCCUACUAGGUGGUUGCAUCAAUCCAAAGCUUUCUUAGUUUAACUUUAACAUAUAAUCCUCCAGAACUAUAUAUAUAUGCAUGUAUCACACUACUUAGUCUUCACUUAAAAUAUCCUCGUUACAGGGGUGGAUUUAUAGGGGGGGGGGGGGGUGCACAGGGGUGCGCACCCCUGUAGGCCUUGGUCAACAGGGGUGCAAGAAAAUCAAAUUCAGAAAUAUGGCAUAAUUUCCAAGGUUUUUCGUUUUUUAAAGUCAAACUGAAGCUCAUAAUUCAAUGCCCAUAUUGCAGGAAAUGGCAUUUCUAGGGUUCUAAUUUUCAAAAUGUUCACCCCCUAGGAAGCUUGCGCCUUCGCCACUUGAGUCGUUAGGAAGCAAAUUCAUUUGAAUGCUCUCCCACCACCCCCUAAAGAAUUAUAAAGAAACACUCGGCUGCUCACCCAGCAUCCCCCUAGAAAAACCUUGCUGGAUCCACCCCUGCCUUGUUAUGUAAUGUUCAGUAUAUAACCUAGCAGAUCCUGAUGACUAAAAAUAGUCAAUUGCUACUAAGCCAGAAUAUUAAACAGCAAUGCACCCUAGCUGAUGCAUCCUACUUUAUAAUAAUUAUUAUAAUUUAUUCUACCCAAUGUUGUGAUCAAGAGACAUGGCCAAGAAAACUAAAAGAUAUUUAAUAAAGUAAGCAAAUUACAGGCCCAACUACAGCAAUAAUAAAUUGACUUUUAGUUUACAAACAACAUGCUUAUUUGCGUCUCGUGCCUCCAGGCGUAUUGCCAGGCAUAAAAUGUUCAUUUUCAUUGUUUUGGAUUUUGUUAUAAUUAUACUCUACAGUCUGUCACACAGGAAAUGUUGGGUGUUGAUGGCUCCCCACAAUUCGCACGGGAAGUUUAGCAGGGUCUUAAAUCGCUAGACGGCCGUGUUUGCCAUGUUGCCACGAAAAAGCACAUCAAAAUCAUAAACCUUACUUGAUAAACAGGAAUGUUGCUACUAACAACAGAAAUUAUUUCUCAUUGCUCCCAGUUAUGUUGUAUAUAUAUACAAAAGUUUGCAAAAUCUAGUGUGUGGAAACUGGUUAGGUCUCAAAAAACUGCACUGUCCUUUUAUCAAGAUUUUGAGUACCUACACUUGAUAGAACUAAUUGUUGAAGAGUUUUGUAGAUGCAAAUCUGGAGUGUGAAUUUUAUAUAUUUAUUAUACCUAACCAUGCAGAACAGUAAGUUGUGAAAAAUGCAACUAUAUAGGCCUUCAGGCAGGAAUUGAAUCUGCAGCCAUGCAAUUCUAGUGCAGCUCUCUAACAAACUGAGCUACCGAGUUCAGUUGCCCAGCUUUUAAACUGCAAGGUGACGGCAAUGUAAGGUGUAUGGAUUCCUGCCAGAGGGCCAAUAGUUGCAUUUUUUGCAACUGCUCCUGGUUUAUAGGUCUAAUAAAUAGGGGUGCACCGGAAGCCGGUUAGUUCUGGCCGAAACCCCGAUUUUUUAGAGUUCCAGUUCCGGCCGGAACUAACAUAAAAAGCAUGGCCGGAACCGGAACUCUGUCGUUUUCUGAGAGAUUUGGACUACGGAAGGGAAAUGUACACUAUUAACACUUCAUUAUGACGUUUAACGUUUGCCAAUCUUUUUAUUCUAACAUUUGCGAGCUCUCUCCUUGAUAACUUGAAGUGUCUGCCUGUCUGGCAGUGGACAAAGUAACAUAUGACUAUAUAUGGCUUAAUAAAUUAGUUCCGGUUCUGGUCGGAAGUUCCGGCCGGAACUUUUUUCCAGUUCCGGUCAGAUCCGGUUCUGGCCGGAACUUAAAAAACUGGUUCCGGUGCACCCCUACUAAUAAAAUUCACACUUGAAAUUUCCACCUACAAAACCCUGCAUCAAUUAGUACUGUACCCUUAUCUUCUAUGAGAAAGUUGGAUGUCCUUGUCUUUACAUGUUACUGUUUACUUACCUAUUACAUUGUGUUUUGGACUGAAUGGAUCAAUUACAAUCUGAUCUCUGUAGCUUCGAAAACCUUGUAUUAUAACCUAUAAACAGUGGGAAACAAUGUCUAUGGCAGUUCUCACAAUUUCACUGAUAAUGUAAAUACUAAAAAGCAAUUUUUGCCGGUCAAUGGAUACCAAAUACAUAUUAUUUACUUAAUAUAUAUAUAUAUAUAUAUAUAUAUAUAUAUAUAUAUAUAUAUAUAUAUAUAUAUAUAUAUAUAUAUAUAUAUAUAUAUAUAUAUAUAUAUAUAGAUGACAAAAUACAAUAGUCGUAUCAGCCAGUUCGGCAUUUAUAUACAACAGAAUAGCUGGCUACGAUUCGAGAGAAACCAAUACUAAAAAUGUACUAAAGUAAUAAAGUUUUAAUUUUCGAUUAAGUUUUAAUUUUAAAGUUUUAACUUUAUUACUUUAGUACAUUUUUAGUAUUGAUUUCUCUCGAAUCGUAGCCAGCUAUUCUGUUGUAUAUAUAUAUAUAUAUAUAUAUAUAUAUAUAUAUAUAUAUAUAUAUAUAUAUAUAUAUAUAUAUAUUAUAUAGAUUUUAUACAUAUGAAUGUUGUGGUCUCCAGCUGCAUGGUAUUUGAGCCCGCAAUACUAUGACGUGACACUAAACCUUUAAUUCUUUUAAUAUUUAUUGUAUCUUUGUUUCAUUUUUACAGAUUCUGAACUUGGAAAAGGAGAAUUUGGUAGUGUAUGGCUUGCUCAUGCCAGCGGAAUCGCGGAAUUUCGCCCACGAGAUAUUUUAAAGCAGAAAUUUAUCCGUACCCGUUUAUCAGUUUUGAUUCGCACGUUGAGAAGUCGAAAUAACAACUACGUUGGGGGAAAGGAAGUCACCGCAGUUGCUGUAAAGAAACUAAAAGGUUAG